CAUCCAGUGCGCUAGAGGAGGACCAUUGUCGGAUGCGGGGAUUCAGGUGGGUUGGAUCGCAUCCUGUACUCCUAUCUGAAGCCCGUUCAUUAGGGAGAGCGUGGAGGUCUGUCGCAUUUCACCUCCUCUUAUCAUCAUAGAGUACAACGCGAGGAUUCUGCUACCACAAAGAGGAUAAUCAAUCACGCGGUGUUCGUAAAUUGGAACGCCGAAUAAUGCACAGAAGCAGUUGGCUACGGAGGAUGAAAGGGGCUGCACCUGUUCGUGCCUGGCUGCUUGCCUAGCUAACCUUGAGGACCAAGCGGACCACAUCUGGAGGGAGGCCAGUAAAUGGUGUGCGGAGGAGAGCGACGACAACAGACGAGCUGAGGAUUUUCCCCCCGUUGGUUUGUACUCCCUCUGAACCCACGCUCACAGACCUCACUACCGGAGAGAACCACACAACCUUGAUCUGUGGUAAUAUAUUCCCAAACAUAUGGUUACGGCCAUGUUGAAAGCCUGUUCGUUAUAGUGUGUUUUUCCUGAAAUCUCCUUUUUCCCUCUCGCCAAUGUCCCCCGAUGGAGAGACUACGGAGAGAAUCAGGAUAGUGAGGAAAAGUUAAAGAAAGCAACAACAAAAAAGCUUCUAGAAGAUUCCGUCGAAAUCGAAUUAUUUCUGCACAUUAAAGGGCAAUAACAAAAGACCCUAUAGCCAGGGGAUAAAUCCUGCCUUUUUUUAGCUGUGGAGAAUUAGCAAUCCAGGAGAGCCACAGGAGCAGGAGGGAUAAGGGCCAGAGGAGGGAAAUGAGAUCCUGGAAGGGAAUGUGUGGGGUAUGGGGCACCAGCACCUGGCCCCUGCUGUUGUUGACUGGAAUGCUCCUGACGAGCGCAUUGGAGUACGAGGGACUUCCUGGCCAGUGGGCGCGUUACGGCCAAUGGGAGUCCGCCAAAAUGGCGGGCGAGCUGAGCUUGCUUCUGAAGACCAACAGCAGCAAGGCCCUCGUGCUGUACCUAGACGACGGCGGCGACUGCGACUUCCUGGAGCUGCUGAUCGCCGACGGGCGCCUCCAGCUGCGCUUCACCAUCCACUGCGCCGAGCCGGCGUCCCUGCACACGGAGACGCGCGUCGACGACCGGCGCUGGCACCGCGUCCGGCUCACCCGCAGCUACCGCGAGACCCGGCUGGAGGUGGACAACGAGGACAAGGCGGCCGAAGUGAGGUCCAAGAGGAGCGAAAUGGCGGUGGCCAGCGACCUGUUUGUGGGCGGCAUCCCUCCCGACGUUCGCCUGUCCGCCCUCACGUCCAGCACCGUCAAAUACGAGCCCCCGUACCACGGCUUGAUCGUCAACCUGAGGCUGGGCGAGAGCCAUCCCGUGUUGCUCGACAGCCAGGGGGUCGCGAGCGACGCCGAGUAUCUGUGCUCGGCGCACAACCCCUGUGGUCAUGGAGGCCUGUGCUCUACCCAAGAGGUGGAGGUCCAAUGUGACUGCACCAACACUGGCUACAAGGGGAAAUACUGCCAUGAAGUUAUCCAGAAGGCCCGAGAAGCCGAGGAUUCCCAAUCCGGACGAGAGGAGUCCGUGGGCACCUUCAAGGGGAACGAGUUCUUCAGCUACAACCUGUCGCUGACGCCCAUCCAGAGCAGCCUGGACGAGAUCACGCUGUCCUUCCGCACGCUGCAGCGGAACGGCCUGCUGCUGCACACGGGCAAGUCGGCCGACUACGUCAACCUGUCGCUGCGCGCCGGCGCCGUGUGGCUGGUGGUCAACCUGGGCUCGGGCGCCUUCGAGGCGCUGGUGGAGCCGGCCAACGGCAAGUUCAACGACGGCGCCUGGCACGACGUGCGCGUGACGCGCAACCUGCGGCAGCACGCAGGCAUUGGACAUGCCAUGGUGACCAUCUCCGUGGAUGGGCUCCUGACCACCACGGGCUACACCCAGGAGGACUACACCAUGCUGGGCUCCGAUGACCUCUUCUACAUCGGGGGCAGCCCCAACACGGCCGACCUGCCCGGCUCCCCGAUCAGCAACAACUUCAUGGGCUGUCUCAAAGACGUGGUCUACAAGAACAACGAGUUCAAGCUGGAGCUGUCGCGCCUGGCCGCCGAGCGCGACCCCAAGGUCAGCGUCCACGGCGACCUGGCCUUCCGCUGCGAGGACGUGGCCGCCCUGGAGCCCGUGACCUUCGACACGCCGGCCGCCUACCUCACCCUGCCCCGGUGGAACACCAAGAAGACGGGCGCCAUCUCCUUCGACUUCCGCACCACCGAGCCCGGGGGCCUUCUGCUGUUCAGCCACGGCCGUCCCCAGGGGCCCGGAGCGGGGGCCGCCAGCGCCGAGCGCCAGCCCCGGGCCGACUACUUUGCCCUGGAGCUCCUGGACGGCUUCCUGUACCUGCUCAUGGACAUGGGCUCCGGCAGCAUCAAGAUGAAGGCCAGCAACAAGAGGCUGAACGACGGAGAGUGGUGCCACGUCGACUUCCAGAGAGAGGGGCGGACAGGUGAGGCGGCAGGAUGCCACGCGGAUCGCGUGACGCUGGAUGCACAAAGGGAGUUGGGGGCGGGGGGCUUGGGUCCCUCUCUCCCCGGAGUUAUAGUAUACAUAUAA